AGCUGCCACUGAAAAUGGAGUUUAGACUCUCAAAACUUUCCAGGAGCUAUUUUAGUAUACUGAUGAUAAUCGUUUACUUGGCAAAUGCAUCUGAAGGAACAAGAUUCAUCGAUGCACGCAAUAAAACUCUAAGCCGAGGCACUGACAGAGGAAUGGCUUAUGCCAAGUUUAAGCCUCAUCAGUUUUCCUAUCUCAACAUCACCAGCAUUGGUUCAGAUUACGUUCUGCAAGGCAGUGAGUGUGGGCUCGUCUGUGUCAACAUACCAUCAUGUUUCUCUUUUAACUUGGGUGCAUUUCGCAAUGUAAUUGGUAAAGUGAUCUGUGAAUUGCUUCCGUCGGACAUAUACAACAACUCAGAGAAGUUUGUCCUCAGUCAAAGUCAUCAUCACUACAGUAUCGCGUCACCUUGCAUCAGUUGGCCUUGUCAGAACAAAGGGACAUGCGCUGCACAAUACCAAGAGAAUAGUUACGUAUGCGUUUGCGCAAAAGGAUACACAGGGAAACACUGUGAAUUGGAUGUCAAUGAAUGUAGUUCCUCUUAUCGGGUUUGUGACGUAAACGCGAAUUGCCACAAUACUUUUGGCUCCUACGGCUCUGGAUUCAUUGGCAAUGGAAAAUCUUGCAAACGAGCUAAAGACUGUGGGGAGCUUUAUAACGCUGGAAAGAGAAGCAAUGGCGUUUAUAUAAUCAACCCUGAUGGCUCAGGUGACUUUCAUGUUUACUGUGACCACACAACCUCUGGCGGGGGUUGGACUGUGUUCCAGAAGAGACUGGAUGGCUCUGUCAGCUUCUAUCGCGACUGGAGCAGUUACAAAUAUGGCUUUGGUUACACAAGUAGCGAGUUUUGGCUCGGACUGGAAAAUAUACGCCGUUUGACCAGCAGCGAGGACUACGAGCUUCGUAUUGAUAUGGAGGAUUUUACUGGGACUACUGUUUAUGCUGAAUACACUUUGUUUGAAGUUGAGAGUGAGGGAUCCAAUUACAAGUUAAACCUUGGAAGCUACUCAGGAACUGCGGGAGACUCGUUUUCUUAUCACGAUGGUUAUCCAUUCACAACAAAAGACCGAGACAAUGACUCACAUGGGAAAGGAAUUAACUGCGGUAAGGUUUGUACAGGAGGCUGGUGGUACAGACAUUGUUGGACCAGUAAUCUAAAUGGUCAUUAUUACCAAGGAUACUACAAAAAACCAGGCUUUUGGCAAAACGGCGUUGCCUGGCACCACUGGAAAGGAAAUGACUACUCACUAAAGAGAACUGAAAUGAAGAUUCGAUCAGUAAACUUUUAGUUCUCUUUUUUGGCCUCCAAGUUUUUCUAGUUUCUUUCUUUCUUUUUUUUUUUUUUUUUUUUUUUGGAGGAAAAUUUUCUACUUAAGGCUUAGACGAGUAGACUUCGUCUCGAGGAUUAUUCAACAAUAUUCACAUCGUCUUCAGUGAGUAACUGUAAAGUACUCCUGUUAUUGCUAAAUGUUCGCGUUAAUCACCUCCCUGGUAGCUUUUGACAUAACGCGAGGCAGCCAAUUAGAAAUUUAGCGCCCCUGCCUUGCUAUAAUCACUUCGCACAAGGUGAUCAUAGCGAGAUGUGACGCAAUCCUUGAGCGAGAAUUUCUAUAAUCACUUGAGCAAUUAUACUAAAAUUAUUUAGUAGCAACAGCUUAUCGUUUGUAAUUUCAACUUAGAGCUGUAACGGUUUGGUUUUCUGGGGGGUGUCUAAAAUAUAGUGUCUUUAAUUACCUUUGUUAAUGCAUAUGUGCUCAGAUAAUGAGCUAAAUUAUUUUCACAUUUUGAUUGGCUAAAUUACUCACGCAUUUUGAUUGGCUAAAUUACUCACGUGUUUUGAUUGGCUAAAUUACUCAUGCAUGAUUGAUUGGUUCUUAUUUGUAAUCUUUGGGAGGAUAUAUAAAUGAUGUCACCUUUAACAACACAUACGUUUCUUAUAAACGUAUUUUCUCGAAUAAGCGUCUUUACUCGAAUAAGCGCCCUUCCCCUCAUAAGCGCUUACCUCCAAGGCCAAAACGCCAAGUAAGCGCCCCCUUCGCAUAAGCGCCUCGUGUGCCACUUUUGUAUUUUUACCACAUUUUGACAUCAUCUUUGAUGUUUCACUACUGAACAGACUUAUGGCAAAAUGGAACACAUUUGUUUAACGUAUACUUAAAUAUUAUGCUAUGUUUUGAGCACGAUUGUAUCAUAUACCAGUGUUGCUGCUGCCUUAGUUUAUAUGAUGGCAGUAACUGAUACAUUGAAAAUAUGUGAAGUUAAUUUUGUUGGUGUAUUUUACACUCGUAACGUUGUUUUCUUAUCGCUGUUUGUUUCAUCGUACCUUUUAUUAUUGCUUGACUCGGCAUUAUCUGUGUCGAUUUGAAUACGUGUACUACAAUAUAUCAUAAGGGGACCCUGAGGAUCUCUUGGUAUGCUGCUAUUAGGUAUAUUUUAUGUACAACUUUAUCACGUAUUAGCGUAACACUAUUAAAUGUCACGGGAAACUAGCUUUCGAGUACACCAUGCUCGGCGAA